AUGGAUAGCGUCGCACUCUUUGCCACGGGGGGGAAUGCGUGGGCCGCGGGCGCCCUCCGCCACGGCAUCAGCCUAGCCGCGGUGGUGUUGAUGGCGAGCGCUCUGUGCGUCUUGGCGGACAAGUGCUUGACGUUUGCGAAGUUCGCCUACCUCAGGCUGCGGAGGGUCGCCCCCGAGGCACGGUACAACUUCUACGCGCUGCCCUCGCCGGUGGACUUCCCGGGCGAAUUCCCCGCGGUCGCCGUCCAGCUCCCGAUGUUCAACGAGACGGCCGUCUGCGAGGACGCGAUCGCGUGCGCGUGUUCGAUGGAGUGGCCGCCCUCGCGCCUGAUCGUGCAAGUGCUCGACGACAGCACGGACGCGCAGACGCGCCGCCUCGUCGACGAGGCCGCGAGCUACUGGAGAGGCAAGGGCAUACAGUGCGAGGUCCUCCGCCGGCAGGACCGCAAGGGGUACAAGGCGGGCGCGCUCAAGGAGGGUCUCGAGCUCCUGCGGCACGUGGAGUACAUCGCCGUCUUCGACGCCGACUUCCGCCCGGAACCGUCCUUCCUCGCGCAGCUCGUGCCGUACCUGCACGCCAACCCCGCGCUCGGAUACGUCCAGGCGCGGUGGACGUUCGUGAACGCGGAGGAGAGCUACCUCACGCGCGUCCAGGAGGUGGCGCUGAACUUCCACAUGAAGUGCGAGCAAUACUCCAACUGCGCGGGGCGCUCGUUCUUCAACUUCAACGGCACCGCGGGCGUCUGGCGGCACUCGUGCAUCCACGACGUGGGCGGGUGGUCCGGCCGCACCACGGUCGAGGACAUGGACCUCUCCCUGCGCGCCUACCUCGCGGGCUGGGAGGCUCUGUUCCUCGCUGACGUCGAGUGCCCGUCCGAGCUGCCGUCGUGCCUCUCCGCCUACCGCAAGCAGCAGCACCGCUGGACCGCGGGGCCCGCGCAGCUGAUGAAGGCGACCGCGGGGCCGAUCUGGCGCUCCCGGCUGCCGCUGCUGAGGAAGCUCGAGCUCAUCGUCGUGUUCUUCGGCGUCCGGAAGGUCCUGACUCAUGUCGCCAGCCUGGGGUUCUUUUGCAUGAUGGUCCCGCUGUCGAUGCUCGUGCCGUCGCUCGUCGCGCCGCUCUGGCUCGUGCUGCACCUGCCGCUGUGCGUGACGCUGCUCGUCGCGUCGCUCAGCCGCCGCGGCUGGGCCAACGCCGUCACGUACGUGCUGUACGAGAACGCCAUGGGCGUCGUCAAGGCGUGGGCGCUGCUGUCCGGCCUCCUGAACCUGAAGCGGGCCACAGAGUGGGUCGUCACGCAGAAGACGGGCGCAGGCCAUGGCGAGCCGGGAGCCCCGCUGCAGCACGCGAACUGGAGUCUGCACCCCGCAGAGCUGCUGAUGUCGGCCUUCAUGAUUGGCAGCGCGGGCACGGCGCUCGUGCUCUCCCACGGCACCACCGUGUCCAUCUGCGUCUUCGUCUGCCUCCAGGGGCUGGCGUUCCUGGCCUUCGGAUCCUCGAUGGUCGACGCCAACGGGCUGCUGGGGCGGUCCCGCCUGCACAAGCUGCAGGCCAAACAACAGCGCGUCACCGCGCAGGUGGGCGCGCAGGCGGCGGCGAUCGCAGCACCCCACGACGGACCAGAGCUCGCGCACUCCGCGUCGUCGUCCACGCUGGCCAUCAGCCAGGCGGGGCGGCGCUCGUCCAGCUUCGGCCUCGAGCCCCCGAUCCUCACGGUGUCCACGAUGCCCUACUCCAGCCCCAAGCGGGACGCCAGCGCGGACGCGUACGACGACCCCGAGGUCGACCUCGCCCAGCUGUCGCCUGCGCGGGCAAAGGCGUCCCACGCCGCGCUGCGGCCUUCGCUCUGGUCGUCCGCGAAUGGGCGGCCGCGGGUGUCGGCGGGGGUCGCUCAGUUCGCCGGCGCGUCGGCGGGCAGGACGACGCGCAUCUGGUGA